AUGUCCGCCUACGUGUCGUCGACGCCGCUGGAGGCCCGCGUUGCGCGGUGCGCGAGCCUGCGCGCGACGAACGCUGUGCCCGUUGUGGUGGAGGAGGCGCAGGCGCGCGGCGGCAAGGCGCACUUCAGCGCGCUGGCGCGCGAGACAACGGCUGCGCAGCUCGUGGCUGCCGUGCGCGCCUUCCGCGGCGUGGCGGCGAAUAAGCCGGUGACGCUGACGGUUGCCGGCUGCAGCGUGUCGCCGUCGGCGACGCUCGGCGAGCUGCACGACGCGUGCAAGCAGGCGGACGACGGCAUGCUGUACGUUGCCUACACGGCGGAGCGCUCCAUGGGUGCUGCAACGUGGAAGCCCUGCGGCUCCUGCUCGUGGGACUAG